CAGCAGGAACUGUGCAGACACACACACACGGGGAUCCAGGGACAGCAGCCCCUUGCACUGGGAUCUAGAGCCACAGCGCGAAAAGAGAGUUGAAGGAAAACACUCAUCUAACACAACACAAUGGCAGACAAAAUUAAAGAUGCCAAGAUCAUCUUUGUUGUGGGUGGGCCUGGCUCUGGAAAGGGCACCCAGUGUGAGAAGGUAGUUGCAAAAUAUGGCUACACCCACCUGUCAUCUGGGGAUCUGCUCCGUGCUGAGGUUUCUUCUGGCUCUGAGAGGGGCAAGCAUCUCCAGGCCAUCAUGCAGAAGGGAGAGCUUGUGCCCCUGGACACAGUCUUAGACAUGAUUAAGGAUGCCAUGAUCGCCAAGGCUGAUGUCUCCAAGGGCUUCCUUAUUGAUGGCUACCCCCGUGAGGUGAAGCAGGGCGAGGAGUUUGAGAAGAAGAUCGGCAAACCCUGCCUGCUGCUGUACAUUGAUGCAAAAGCAGAGACCAUGGUAAAGAGGCUUUUGAAGCGUGGUGAGACCAGCGGCCGUUCAGAUGAUAAUGAGGAGACCAUCAAGAAGCGUCUGGACCUGUAUUACAAAGCAACUGAGCCAGUCAUCGCCUUUUAUGAUGGCCGUGGUAUUGUGAGGAAGAUUGACUCUGAGCUGCCAGUGGAUGAAGUUUUCAGCCAAGUCUCCAAGGCUAUUGAUGCACUGAAGUAAAACAACAUGACUAGA